AUGCACAUACCUUGUGAACCUUCGUCAACUUCUUAUUGCCCAACAACAAGUUCUCAACCCCAAACACCUUCGACACCGCAGAAUAAUAAUACAUCCCAACAACCGACAGAAGCUAAUCCAAUCGAAAAAAGAGGUCGCAAAGCUUCUGCGACGACGAUGCCUGUGUCUAAAAAACAUUAUCAGAAUAUAACAAAUCAAAGAAUUUAUUGCCAAAGACGUGCUAAUUAUAUCCGUAAUUUGGAAAUUAAAGUUUCGACUUUUGAAACGUUAUAUUUCGAUGCUCAAGAUGAAAUUAAUUUGUUACGCGAAAAAUUGGCUUUGCUCGAAGAAUGA